AUGCAAUGGAAGACGAUAUCACUUCUCGUGUGUCUUUAUGGAGUGAUCAAGGAAUUCCGUCCGGCCACCCCGUUUCUAACUCCGUUUCUCGUUUCUGACGCAAAAAAUCUCAGCAUUGAGACAGUUUACAGUGACAUUUAUCCAUUCUGGACGUAUUCGUAUUUGAUUUGCCUGAUUCCAAUCCUGGCUCUCACUGAUCUUCUCCGCUACAAACCGCUUGUGAUCGUUGAAGCGAUCGGUCUCUGUCUCACGUGGGCGCUUCUCGUUUGGGCUCAAGGCGUUCAACUCAUGCAAUUGAUGCAAAUCGUCUUUGAGAAGACACACGCACACAACAUCCAUUUGAAGUUUGGCAUCAGCUGCCGAGAGAUCGCUUUCUCUUCAUAUCUCUUUGCUGUCGUUGAUGUAAAACAAUAUCGCCGAGUCACCUCGUGGACGAAAACCUCAGUGCUUAUCGGGAAACUUUUCGCUUUUGCUUUGGCACAAUUUCUGGUUUCUUGGCUCGAUGCACCGUAUUUGUUGCUUAAUCAGAUCACUUUCAGAUCACUUCAGAUCACUUUCAUCGCCACAAUCAUUGCUCUUUUCGUUGCUUUAACUCUUCCGACUGUGCCGAAAAGUCGACCGGAUAUUUAUAACUACAUUCAACCGCUCUGGAUUGAGAUCGAUUCGGUUUCGAAAGCUGAGAAUGGGUUAAUUGAGUUCAUCAACACGGCUUUAGGAGCUGUAAUCUCUUUCGGCGUGCAAUUUGUGAAGCUCGACGGCUCAUCCCGUCUCGGUGAUUUCUUUCUCUUCAGUUCCGCCUCAAUUCUUGGAGUUGUAACAAUUGUGCUGAGCUUAACGUCUUCUUUAUGGAUUGCUUACGGGAUGUAUGUAAUGGCUGUCUUUAUUUACCACGCGCUUAGCCCAAUUUCCAGUACAAUAAUCGCUAGCCAACUUGAGAAAAGCGCUUAUAGCUUCGUUUUUGGAGCGAACUCGCUUUUUGCCUUAAUCAUUCAAACUGUGAUCACUUUCACCGUUGUUGACAAAAACUAUUUCGAGCUUAAAUGCACAACAGUUCCUCAUUUAUGCAUCAAUCUUUUUCUUGACGAGUCUGAUCCCGAUGAUUUGCUCAAUUUUGAAGCCAGUUCAAUUGAUUCACGAGUGUCCAAC